AUAAUGCUGCUAAUUUGAAUAGUCAUCUGAUGAACGAAGUAUGUGAACAAUUUAAAAUUGACCAUCGCCAUUCUACUCCUUACCGACCCAAAGCUAAUGGAGCUGUUGAAGCUGCAAAUAAGAACAUCAAGAAGAUUCUUAGGAAGAUGGUCCAAGGGUCUAGACAAUGGCACGAGAAAUUGCCUUUUGCUCUUUUAGGAUACCAGACAACUGUCCGUACAUCAGUUGGUGCAACGCCCUACUUGCUAGUUUAUGGCACUGAAGCGGUUAUACCUGCUGAAGUUGAGAUUCCCUCUCUCCGAAUAAUUGUUGAAGCUGGGAUUGAGGAUACUGAAUGGAUGAAGUCACGAUUGGAGCAGUUGAGUUUGAUUGAUGAAAAGCGUUUGGCGGCAGUUUGUUUUGGUCAAUUAUACCAACAAAGAAUGGCACGCGCUUACAAUAAUAAAGUGCGCCCAAGAAAAUUUGAGGUAGGACAGCUUGUUUUGAAACGCAUCUUUCUACACCAGGAGGAAGCAAAAGGAAAGUUCGCCCCGAAUUGGCAAGGUCCUUACCUCGUCAAGAAAAUAUUGUCGAAAGGAGCUCUACACUUGGCAGAUAUAGAAGGAAAGGUGACAGACAUAUCCGUCAAUACAGAUGCGGUCAAGAGAUACUAUGUCUGA